AUGGGAACUAUUGACCAGCACUCUAUGGACCAGCUCCAGUAUGUUACAGAACUGACUGACCGCAUCAAGGCCAAGUCCUCGCCUGAAGCAAACUCGGAGGCGCUAGAAGAUUCUGCAGAGUAUGUUCGCUUCUUUCCAACAUUCAUCUGGGCAUUGAGGGAUUUCACAUUGCAGCUGAAGCUCAACGGGCAGCCCUGCACUGAGGACGAAUAUCUGGAGAACACCUUGAAGUUAAAGAAAGGUAACUCCCAAAAGGUUCAGCUCUUCAACCUGCCCCGUGAAUGCAUCCGCCUGUUCUUCCCCAGUCGAAAAUGCUUCAUCUUUAAACAACCCACCAAUGGAAAUAACCUGCACCGUCUGGAGGACAUGAAGGAGAGUGAGCUGGAAUCUGAAUUUGUGCAGCAAGCGCUCCAGUUCUGUCGUCACGUUUAUAAGACAUCCAAGCCAAAGACCAUCCCAGGCGGGCAUAUUGUCACUGGGCGCAUGCUAGCAAACUUGGUGGAGACCUAUGUGGACACGAUCCGCAGUGGGGGAGUGCCCUGCAUGGAGACUGCCAAGCUGGCUUUGGCUCAGAUUGAGAAUUCUGCAGCUGUGAUGGAAGCCACUAUGCGCUACACAGAGCUGAUGGAGCAGAAGCUGGAACAGCCCACAGAUACUUUUCAUGACCUCCUAGUGAUCCAUGCCAAAUGUGAGGAUGAGGCCCUUCAGGUCUUUAUGGCCCGGGCCUUCAAGGAUGACAAGCAGCGGUUCCAGGCUGAGUUGAGACGAGCCCUGGAUCAGAAGAAAGAGGUGUACUGCCAGAAGAAUCAACUGAAAUCCUCCAAACGCUGCAAGGAUGUGUUGGUGCAGCUGUCUAGGGAAGUCGAGGAACGGAAAAACAAGGCCUUCUACUCCCGACCUGGAGGCUAUCAUGAUUAUCUCAAUGACAUGAAGACCGUCGCAGUGAGAUACCACCAGGAAUCAGGGAAAGGAGUCAUGGCAGACACCGAACUGCAAGAGUUCUGUAAGAACAAGGAGGACGUGGGUAGAGCCAUCCUUCAAAGCGAUGAAGCCCUCACAGAGAAAGAGAAGGAAGCUGCAGAUGCCAAAGCAAGAGCUGAGGAAGCAGAGCGGAAAAAUGAGAUCCAGCAGCUGCAGACGGCGGACUUGGAGCAGGCGCUGAAGUAUCAGAAGCAAAGUUACGAAGCAUACAUUCAGUACCUGAAGGAGAACCUGGAGAAAGACCAGGAGAAGCUUCUGGAAGAGCAGAACAAGAUGCUGGAGAGUAAACUCCAGGUAACUGUCUCAGGAAAAGCAUGA